AUGGAGAUUAAUGAGGGGAAUAAUGGAUGGAAUUUGGAGUUGGAAAAUGAAAUGAAGGAGGUAAUUGAAGUGGUGAAGAGAAAAGAUAUUGAGGAUUAUGAGAGAUUAGGGAAUAUUGCAUUAAAGAUUAACAAGAGUUUAGCAAUUUUAGGACCUUUGUUAACAGGAAUUGCAGCUAUAGGGUCAUCAUUUGUAGGUGAUGAAAUGUUGGUAAAUUUUGUUCCUGCUUUUUCCGGUGCUUUGGCAACUGUUGUUAAUACUUUUGAGCAUGGAGGACAAGUUGGUAUGGUGUUUGAGAUGUAUAGAAACUGUGGUGGAUUUUUUGAGCUUUUGGAAGAGACAGUUGAAGAAAUUAUUGAAGAGAAAGAUUUGAAUAAAAGAGAAAAUGAUGAGGUGUUUGAGAUGAAGAUUGCAUUGCAAUUGGGAAGAAGUGUAAUGCAGAUGAGAGAGCUUGCCUCAAAAUCUGAUGUCUAUCGGAUGGAAGGACGUGAGAUCGAUGAAUUCGCCAACAAGCUCUUCUGAAAACAACAUUUUU